CAUCAGUCGCUUCUUGGACUCCUUGGUCGAGAUUCAGACUUCUGUGUCAGCCGGGCUACCACCAUAUGCGGUUAAGAAAACACAAGAAGCAUUGCGAGGACUUGGAAAUACGGUCCCAAAGUCGAUACUCCUCCAGCAAAAGGGAGUCCUCACUGACUCUAUGCAGCUCUCGACGACCCAGAAAAUCUCAAACACUUGCCUGCUUGUCGUGAAGAAAUUACAGGCUCUUGCUGAGAGGGUCUGUGAGAUUGGUCACCAGCAUAUGACAAACACAAGCGCCGUUGACGCUUACAGCCUGCUUGGGGAAAGUCUUGCGAAAAAGGGUUACUUCCAAAGGCGAUUUCAACCCCCAACGAACAAGAAGAUUCACAACGAACAUCUUCAUUUGCGGAACAGAGAUAUGAUUUUUUGGCAGAAGCCGUCCAGGUCGGGCGAGAAGUCUUUCGACUGGAAAACACUCGACCGACUUAAAUACAUUGCCAGGUCGGCUGGACGAGAUGUCACAAAAUGCCUGAACUUGAGCAACUGCACAUCAGAAACCUACAACUACGCCCCCGAGAUCAUGACGCAUCCCAGGUACGAGCUGUUUUACUUCAUUGUCAACAACAUACCUAUGACUCAGCAAAGCCUUCUGCAAGCUCAAUGGGACUGGGGGUUACGCAAAGACGCCAUGGAAUCUCCUGGGGCCAAGCAGUCGCUGGACUACCCAGGAAGCCAUCGACGCUGCGUUCCCUGGAACUCAAGAUACAUCGACGAAGUGGCAGAAGAGUCUUGGGCUCACUUCUUUGGUGAGAAUCUCGAUGAGGAACUCGACCGCAUGCCCUUUGAUAUGCCGUCAUCAAAGGCAUUUGUGAGUAGGCUGCUGUAUGAGUGUCUCAGCGAAAAGGUAGUCAGUCUAUACAUGAUGUUCUGGUCGAAAGAUGAAGACCGGGACAAAAAGCCUCGACCACCUCAAUACGAGCGAAUGGUGCAAUGGCUGAUGGACUCUCUGAACCUGAAUCCACGCCCUAGCAAGGAAGAUCCGGAGUCCCAGGUCCACUCUGUUGAAGACACAUGGGCAGCCAGUUUCCUCAGAGCAUGGAGCGAUCUGAUGGAAAGACAUCGCUCAGGUUCCGUUGAUGACGUCGAGCCACCUGAGAGACAAGAAGCAUCGGAGAAGGGCUACUUGGCCGACGCAAAGGCAAAGUGGGCGCCCUUACUUGACCUGGUACGGGAGACCGAGGCGCACCUAUACCCUUUGGAGGAAUCAUUUCUAGAAGCGAAUCGACCGACGGACGAGUUGAGAAGUGAAGCUGUGUGGGAGGAUAUUGUUAUAGUUUGACGAGACCUGGUUUUCUCUUGUCCUCUCACAGCGGGUGUAAUGGGAACCCUUCGUCCAUGCGAGGAUGGAGGAAAGAUCACCUAGACGACAUAAAGGCCAAGGAGACCUCCUUGAUUAACGCGAUACAUCAGACUGAAAGCUUCAAGUCCCCAGGGAUUGGGUCCAGGCUGCUUAAACAGUCUAGAGGUAUUGUAGAGGCCCUUGCUUGAUCUUGUAUGUGAGAAUGAGCGUAUCGAAAGAAAUAUCAUAAUUACCUUG